AUGAUGGUUCGUCGUGGGAUAAUAAAAUGGCUGUCUCGAAUAGUAGUUAUACUUGUGUUCCUCUGCUGUGCAGCAUCUGUGUUCUACAUGUUGACUUGCACUCCAAGGGGUAACCAUCAGCUAUCUGCAUUCCUCAGAGUUGACAGCCCAACAGGAAAAGAGGAAUAUCAGGCAAUCCUACAAAAAGGAGAAGAAUAUUAUUGGGACCAUAUAAAUAGCCUGAAAAAGCAAAUUGCUGAGCUGAAAGAUAAGCUUCAGGAAAGGAGUGAACCACUGAAGAAUAUGCAAUGUCAAGAUACUGACAAACGGAGGGUUAGACAAGACCUAGGAAACUCUGACAAGUCCCAGAAAGCCCUGCUGCAAUUCCUCCAUUCCCAGAUUGACAAAGCAGAAAUACAUACUGGCAUCAAGCUACCAACCGAAUAUGCUGCACUGCCCUUUGAGAGCUUCACCCAACAAAAAAUUUAUCAGCUUGAGAUGGGACUUUUACGUCAUCCUGAAGAGAAGCCUGUGCGCAAGGACAAGAGGAAUGAAUUGGCAGAAGCUAUUGAGUCAGGGCUGGAGAUUUUAAAUAGGCCAAAGAGUAACAGUAGCAUUAAUCAUCGAAUAUACUCCAUCUCUGAUUUCAUAGAAGGCAUUCGCCGGACUGAAAGAGAUAAAGGCACACUAUAUGAGUUGAUAUUCAAAGGAGACAAAGAACAUGAAUUCAAGCGCAUUGUUCUGUUCAGACCAUUUGGCCCCAUCAUGAAUGUUGCAAAUGAAAAUCUCAACAUGGCCCACACUCUUAUUAAUGUCAUUGUGCCACUGGCAAAAAGGGUCAGCAAGUUUAAGCAAUUUAUGCACAAUUUCAGAGAGGUGGCUAUGCGGCAAGAUGGACGAAUUCACUUGACUGUAGUGUACUUUGGAAGUGAACAAAUGAGCAAAGUCAAAGGAAUCCUAGAAAACAUAUCCAAAUCAGCAAAUUUUAUAAAUUACACAUUUAUUCAGCUGGAUGAAGUGUUCUCCAGGGGGAAAGGUCUGGACGUGGGAGCAAGAUUUUGGAAAGGAACCAAUGUUGUCCUUUUUUUCUGUGAUGUGGAUAUAUAUUUCACAACGGAAUUCCUGAACACAUGUAGAUUAAACACACAACCAGGAAAGAAAGUAUUCUAUCCUGUUCUUUUCAGCCAGUACAACCCAAGUCUAAUAUAUGGACAUCGUGAUUCCAUUCCACCCUUAAAACAACAGCUGGUUAUAAAAAAAGAGGCAGGAUUUUGGAGAGACUUUGGGUAUGGAAUGACUUGUCAAUUUCGUUCUGAUUACAUCAAUAUUGGAGGGUUUGAUCUUGACAUUAAAGGAUGGGGAGGAGAAGAUGUACAACUGUACCGUAAAUACCUUCACAGCAACCUCAUGGUUAUCAGAACACCAGUCAGGGGACUUUUCCACCUCUGGCAUGAAAAGCAUUGCUUAGAUGAGCUGACACCAGAACAAUACAAGAUGUGCAUCCAGUCUAAAGCUAUGAAUGAAGCUUCUCAUGACCAGCUAGGCCUGCUGGUCUUCCAACGAGAGAUUGAAGCUCAUCGCCGUAAACAAAAAGCAAACAAUAGGAACAUAUGA